AUGCAGCUUUCAGGUUGGACGGUGGGUUAUGACGUCAUGGGCCCCUCCGUCUUCCUCCUAUGGCUCCUCCUCCUCCUUAUCCUCCCCCAUUUUGCCUUUCCCUCUGAUCCUCAAGGGUAUUUGUUAAAUUGCGGAGGCUCGGAAAAUGUGACGGUGGGAAGUCUCAAUUACAUAUCUGAUCAGGACUUCAUCAAAGUGGGCAAGACCACUCCUAUAAAGUCAGAAAACUUGGUUCCCAUAUUGUCCACAGCACGUUACUUUCCUAACACAAAGGCAAGAAAAUACUGUUAUUCUAUACCUGUCAACCCCCAAGGCAAGUACCUUGUGAAAACCAUAUUCUACUAUGGAAGUUUUGAUGGAGGGAAGGAGCCUCCUGUGUUUGAUCAAAUUGUUGGAGGGACCAAAUGGAGCAUCAUAAACACAACAGAGGAUUUUGCCAAAGGCCUUAGUUCCUACUUCGAGGUCGUAGUGAUGGCCUUUGGGAAGAGGUUGAGUGUGUGCUUGGCGAGGAAUAACCAGACUGGUAGUUCCAGCCCUUUCAUUUCAGCAUUGGAGGUGCAGCCCUUAGAUGCUUCGGUGUAUAAUCCCACUAACUUCACCAACUAUGCCCUUGUCACUGUUGCAAGGCAUAAUUUUGGAGAAAAAGAAGAAAUCAUUAGCUAUCCUGACGACAAAUUCAACCGGAUGUGGCAACCAUUUCUGGACCAGAACCCUUUUGUACUGAGCCAUUCGAAUGUAACUUCAUCUGAUUUCUGGAAUCUCCCGCCAGUGAAUGUAUUCAUAUCUGGAAUUACAACUAGCCGAGGGAAGGUGCUUGAACUUCAAUGGCCGCUUGCGUCCCUUCCGAGCACCAACUACUACAUAGCCCUAUAUUUUCAGGAUAACAGGUCACCAAGCGCUUACAGCUGGAGGAUAUUUGAUGUUGCCAUUAACAACCAAACUUUUUUCUCCAAACUUAAUGUCACAGCCAGCGGUCUUACAGUUUAUGCUUCGAAGUGGCCACUCUCUGGGCAAACCAAAAUCACUUUGGCCCCUAGAGAAGGGAGCCCCGUUGGACCUGUAAUCAAUGCUGGAGAAAUCUUACAGCUUCUUCCUCUGGGGGGCCAUACUAUUCAUAGAGAUGUGACUGCGAUGGAAGAAUUGGCAAGAAGUUUUGACAAUCCACCUCCUGAUUGGAGCGGGGAUCCUUGCCUACCUAAAGAAAAUUCAUGGACUGGAGUUCGAUGUUCUGAAGAAUUCAUUUGUCAGGUCAUCUCAGUGAACUUGACGGACGUUGGGCUGUCUGGGUCACUUUCUCCAAGCAUUGGCCAUCUAACUGGGCUCAUAAACCUUUGGCUGCCUGGAAACAAACUCUCAGGAGAAAUCCCGACAUGUCUAAGCUGA